AUGCUGAGAGAGGAGGCUCCCAGUGCUCCUCCUAAGAACAUGGUGGCGUCGGGUCGGACCAACCAGUCUAUCAUGGUCCAGUGGCAGCCUCCCCCAGAACCACAGCUCAAUGGAGUGCUCCGAGGAUACGUACUCAGGUAUCGUCUGGCAGGUCUACCAGGAGAGUACCAAGAGAAGAAUAUCUCUAGUCCAGAGACUAACUACUGUCUACUAUCAGACCUCAUUAUCUGGACUCAGUACCAGAUACAACUGGCUGCUUAUACUGCUGCAGGCCUGGGGGAAUAUAGUACUGCUGUUACCGAGUACACACUACAGGGAGUCCCCACAGCGCCCCCUCAGGCUGUAGAGGUAACAGCAGUCGACUCCUCCACUAUCAGAUUCACCUGGAACCCUCCGCCUCAGCAGUUCAUCAACGGGAUCAACCAGGGAUACAAGUUGCUAGUCUGGCCGGAGCACUCCCCCGAGGCUCUAACCGUGGUGACCAUCACCCCCGACUACCCUGGCUCCCGCCUCACCGGAUUGGUUGUUGGACUCAGGAAGUUCACCUGGUAUCUAGGCUCCGCCCUCUGCUUCACCACGCCCGGCGACGGACCCAAGAGCCAUCCCAUACUGCUACAGACACACGAAGACACACCAGGUCCGGUGGGUCACUUGAGCUUCACUGAGAUCCUGGACACGUCUCUGAGGGUGAGCUGGGCGGAGCCUAAAGACAAGAACGGCAUCAUCACUGGUUAUGUGAUAUUGUGGUGUGUUUCGGGGUCAGGGUCAGGAUCGAGGGUCAAUGCGUCCUGUGAGGAGCAACCUCUCUCUAACUCUACCCUGCAAUACAAGGUCACCAGCUUGACCUCUAUGACGUCAUACACCCUGGAGGUCACCGCCAUGACAGCGGCCGGAAGAGGCGUGGCCACCACCUCCACCAUCUCCUCUGGAGUACCGCCAGAGCUUCCUGGUGUGCCCUCUAACCUGGUCAUCUCCAACAUCAGCCCUCGCUCCGCCACACUACGGUUCCGCCCCGGCAGCGAUGGAAAGACGGUCAUCUCCAAAUGGAUCGUGGAAGGACAGGUGGUGAGAGAGAGAGGUGGAGAGAGGGAUGGGAAGGAGGAGGAGUGGAGAGUUGUGUAUGAGAGAGAGAACAGAGAGAAGCAGCCUGAUGCAGACACACUGGAGAUACCAGACCUCCUCCCCUUCACACUGUACAGGUUCCGAAUGCGCCAGGUGAACAUCGUGGGCUCCAGUCCCUCUAGCACCCCCUCCAGGAUGAUUCAGACACUGCAGGCGGCCCCCAACACACCCCCCAACAACCUCACCCUGGUUACAGCUACUCAGACCAGCCUCACACUGCGCUGGGGGCCGUUACUGGUAUCUGAGUAUAAUGGUAGUCCAGAGACGGUGGGUUACCGGGUGUGUGUCCGGCGGGCAGACGGCCGGGGAGAAGAGAGGCUGGAGGAGGUGGUGGGGGGUGAGGCGUCGGAGGCUAGAGGUCAGGGGUCAGGGGUUAGGGGUCAGGAGAGCGAGGCGAUGCUGGAGGGACUGGCUGAAUGGACGGAGUACCAGUUGAAGAUACAAGCCUUUAACUCUAUAGGAGCCGGACCAUGGAGUAACACACUAACCACACGCACCAAGGAGUCAGUGCCGUCUGGCUGUCCAGUGAAUGUGAGUGCAGUGGCGGUGAGUUCCACCAGGAUUUUGGUCACAUGGUCUCCUGUUCCCGAGAUGCAGAGAAACGGACCCAUCCUAGGUUACAAGGUGUUGUACGCUGUGAAGGAUUCGGUGGACCCCCCCUCAGUGUGGUCAGUCCCAGGAGAGAGGAGUGUGUCUGUUCUGCUAGGGGACCUACUGAAGUACACACUUUACCAGAUACAGCUGUUAGCAUACACACAGCUAGGAGACGGACCACCUAGCCCCACGACACUACACAGGACCAAGGACGACGUUCCAGGUCCUCCAGUGAGGCUGGUGUUUCCAGAGGUUAGUCUGACAUCUGUCAGGGUGAUGUGGCAGCCUCCUACUGACCCCAACGGGAUUAUCAUGGGUUAUCAGAUAGCGUACCGUCUGGAUGCUGGCGACCCCAUGCGGUUCACUAUGGUGGAGGUUGGGUCGACCGCGCGUCAGUUUACAGUCAGUGGUUUGACCGGAGACCAGGCCUAUGUGUUCAAGUUGACCGCUAGGACCGCUCAGGGAUGGGGCAGAGCUGAGGAGGCCGUAGUUAUCACCACCGAACGCAGAGAGCGACCCUCCCCCCCCAGGAAGUUGUCCGUCCCCCAGGGGGAGGUCCAGUCUCGUAGGCUCCGCCUCCACUGGGUUGCUGGGAUGACAGGCUCCUCCCCCCUGCGGUACUACAUCCUGCAGACCAGAGAGCUCCCGACCGGAGACUGGACCACUCACUCUGCUGAUAUACCACACAAUGAUACAGCCUGGACCGUAGAGAGACUGAAACCCUUCACGUCGUACAAGCUGAGGAUGCUGGCGACCAACGAUGUAGGAGACAGUAACUACAGCAAAGAGACGGAGACUGUAAUCACACUACAGGAUGUUCCUGAGGAGGCUCCAGUGAUAGUAUCAGUUAAACCCUCUACAACUACCUCUGUACUGGUGCAGUGGCAGCGUCCCAGUGAGGAGAGUGUUAACGGGGUGCUGGUUGGCUACCGGCUGUACUACCGGGAACUCCCGGUAAACUCCACCCCUAGUACCGUACCCCCGGAAGACAUGACAACAGCCAACAACACCACCACACGCGCUCACAUCACUGCUCUGACCAGCUUUAAGACAGUGAGCAGUGCUUCCUUAACAGAAUUUGAGUUAACACAGCUGAAGAAGUUUAAGUGUUAUGAGAUCGUCAUGACAACCUAUAACAUGGUAGGAGAGAGCCCACCCUCUGAGCCGGCCACCGUGUCAGUCGGAGAAGCAGCUCCAUCCUUGCCUCCUCAGUCUAUCAGAGUGGUGCCUGUCUCUCCUACUGUACUGGAGGUGACCUGGGACCUCCCACCCCUACACACACAGAAUGGACUCAUCCAGGGCUACAAGAUGCACUACUGGCAGCGUGACAGACAGAACCAGACAGAGAAGGUGACGGUGGUGUUUGUUCCUGACACACGUGUUCGUCUGGUCAACCUCACGUGUUACACGUCCUACCUCGUCACACUGUCUGCCUUCAACACGGCUGGAGACGGCCCACCCAGCGAACCCCGGGGCGCCAAGACCCUACAGGCUGCCCCAAGCCAGCCUAGUUUCCUGUCAUUUUCGGAGGUGACAGGAUGGAGUGUCAACGUCACCUGGGGGGCGCCCAGCACUUCUAACGGGGUAGUGGAGGGGUACAGGGUGGUCUACCAACCCACACAGCCUGUACAUGGUGUGAGUCGGGUGGUGACGGUGGAUGUGAAGGGUAGCUGGCAGCGGUGGUUAAAGGUCAGAGACCUGUCUAAAGGAGUAACCUACAGCUUCAGUGUCCAGGCCAGAACAGUCAGCUACGGACCUGCAGCACACUGCAACAUCACCUCACAACCUCUACAGGGCACCCCUGGUUCACCCAUGGAGAUGUCAGUCACCAAGUCCUCCUCGGCGCUGACCAUUCAUUGGUCGGAGGGAGAUGCGGGGGCGGGACCUGUCAUAGGAUACGUCAUCGAGGCUCGUCCCUCAGAUGAAGGGAUGUGGGACUCGUUUAUCAGGCUCCUCCCCCCCAACAGUAGGUCGGUAACCGUGGAGAUGGACCGUCUGAGGUCAGGGGUCGGAUAUGAGUUCCGUGUCAUCGCUGUCAAUCGCUACGGUUAUGGAGAACCCAGCACGCCAUCCACCGCGCUCGCCGCGCUGUGGGACGGUCCGUUCUAUGAGGAGUGGUGGUUCCUGUUGGUCCUUGCUCUGAUUGGUCUGAUCAUGAUCCUCGUGUUGGUGUUAGGCCUCCUGCUGCAUGGACACAACCGCAAGUACAGGACCUGGAGCACAGGAAAGCAUGUGUCUACGGUGGAGGAGUCCGUAACCCUGGACAACGGAGGAUUCACAGCUCUGGAACUCAACAGCAGAACUCUGAACAACAAGAGCACCUUCCUCAAGAAGAAUGGAACCAGGUCCCCCCCCAGGCCCAGUCCGGGCGGCCUCCACUACUCUGAUGAAGACCUGUGUGAUAACUACAACAACGGAGCCGUCCUCACAGAGAGCACCACACUCACAGAGAAACCUACUGAGAUAUCAGAGUCUGAGGGAACUGACAGUGACUAUGAGGAUGAUCAUCAUCCUAAACAUUCCUUUGUUAACCACUACAUGUCAGAUCCAACCUACUAUAACAGCUGGAAGAGACAGCCUAAAGGGCUGAAGGGGUUAAGUCCACCGUAUGCCUACGAGGAGUGUUCCAGCGCUGACGGAGCCGAGCCGUACUACCAGACCGUGGUCACACAGCACAGCACAGGAGGAGCAUAUACACCCACUGGGCUGCCCGCGCACACACACACACUCCCUCACACGCACACACACGCCAACCCCAAUACUAAUCCACCAGGCUCACGCACGCCCGUCACGGGGUUCUCGUCCUUUGUCUGACACGUGCACCUGCACACAUGCGCACACACAGAGGGCGGAGCGGAGGACGGUUUGGAGCCCACUACUUUGUUAGGACACAGGGAUGGAGGGAGAGGAGGGUGGAGGAAGAGGAGGAUGGAGGGAGAGGAUGAUGG